AUGGCCCCGACGCCCCGCAGUCCGACCGCGCAUUUUCAGCGCUUCACGCCGUACAGCCCGAAGCGCCCGUCGCUCGUCGAGCACGAGCUCUACGUCGAGGCGCACAGCCGCGGCAGCGACAGCAUUGCGACCGACCCCGUCACGUUUGACGAGCAGUUUCACCUGCAGCUGCGCCUCGACGACGACGACGCGACGUACUAUGAGCCGUUGACGCCGCGCGUCUCGGACGAGUGGAACCGCGACGAAGUCGACAUGUUUCUCAACCUGCCGUCUCUGUAA